CGGCGAAGUCCGGAAGUGAGUUUCUCGCGGGCCGCCUGUUUUUGGUGCUGAGGGUCCGCGUGGCAGGGAAAGGAACUGGCUGCUGAGUUAAAGAUGGCAGACUACGAAAAUCAGUCAUUGUCAGAGUCAGAGUCAGAAGAAUCGGUCAUCACUGAUAAAGAGCUCCAGGCAGCAUUUUCCAGGGGUGCCCUGAAGCCAGGGCUGAAUGUCGUGCUUGAGGGGCACAAGAAGGCUCUUAACAAUGUGGAUGGCUUGAAGCAAUGUUUGUCUGAAUUCAAGCAGCACCUAGCCUGGGUGGAAAGGCUGGAUGUGACCUUGGGUCAGGCACCAAACGUCAUGAAUCCAACCUCAUAUCACACACCUGACAAAGCCACCGUCGACCCUGAGGAUGACUUCCAGAGAGAGAUGAGCUUUUACCGUCAGGCCCAAGCAGCAGUGCUGAAGGCCCUGCCUUGGCUACAUCACCAAAAAGUCCCCACAAGGAGGCCAGAUGAUUACUUUGCAGAGAUGGCCAAAUCUGACCAACAGAUGCAGAAGAUUCGACACAAGCUUAAGAGCAAACAGGCGGCAAUGGAGAAGUCUGAGAAAGCAAAACAGCUUCGUGCACUGAGAAAAUAUGGCAAAAAGGUACAAACAGAGGUUCUGCAGAAGAGGCAAAAGGAAAAAGCAACUGUGCUGAAUGCAAUCAAGAAAUACCAGAAAGGUCUCUCUGACAAGCUGGAUUUCCUGGAUGGGGAGCAGCCACCACCACAUCAGGGGAAGAAGGAAGGAGAUGGUGGUCAACGAAUAAAGAAAGGACCAAACGCCAAGCGACGUUACAAGAAUCAGAAGUUUGGUUUUGGUGGGAAGAAGAAAGGCUCAAAAUGGAACACACGGGAGAGUCACAAUGAUGUAUCCAGCUUCCGGGCUAGUGUGGCCCACAACAAGGGCCCUGGGAAAGCAGGGAAAAAAGGUUCCAAUAAGAGACCGGGCAGAAAGAUGAGGCAGAAAAUGAAGAGUCGAACCUGAUAAGGAUUGAGUGGGAUAUAGACCCUGCUUCCCAGUGGCUUUGGUUUAGUUUCUAUGUAUGUAUGACUUGCAGGUGGUGUUCCUUGUGACAUUGGAGUCUUCAGGCAGUUCUAACUGCUGUAGACCAAGCUGGAUGGUGCCAUUUGACGCACAUGGUUGCAGUGGAAGUGCAUCUACAGUCACUUAUUCCUUUGUAUUGUUAGUUUUUCCUCCAAGAUUUUUUUCUGCUUCUCAAGCCUUGGGCCUGGCCUCUGUGAACUCAUUAAAUAGUGUGGACAGAUCUCA